AUGGCCCGAGGAGGGCGCAAAGAAGGCCCGAGGAGGGCGCAAAGAAGGGUGCGGAGAAGACCCAAGAAGGGCCCGAAAAAGGCCCGAGGGGGGCGCAAAGAAGGCCCGAAGGGGGGCGCAAAGACGGCCCGAGGGGAACCCGAGGAGGGCUCAAAGAAGGCCCAAGGAGGACUCAAAGAAGGGCCCAAAGAAGGACCCAGAGGAGGGUGCAAAGAAGGGCCCAAAGAAGGACCCAGAGGAGGGUGCAAAGAAGGGCCCAAAGAAGGACCCAGAGGAGGACCCAAAGAACGCCCGAGGAAGCCUAAGGGCCAAAAGAAGGCCCGAGGGGGGCGCAAAGACGGCCCGAGGGGGGCGCAAAGACGGGCCCAAAGAAGGACCCAGAGGAGGGCGCAAAGAAGGCCCGAGGAGGGCACGCAGAAGGCCCGAGGAGGGCGCGAAGAAGAGCCCGAAGGAGGACCCGAAGAAGGCCCAAGGGGGGCCCGAGGAGGGAGGGCACAAAGAAAGCCCAGAGGAGGGCCCGAGGGGGGCGCAGAGAAGGCCCGAGGGAAGCCCGAGGAGAGCGCAAAGAAGGCCCGAGGAGGGCCCGAAAAAGGGCCCAAAGGAGGGUGCAAAAAAGGGCCAGAGGAGGGCCCGAAGAAGCCCCGAGGAGGGCCCCGAGGAAGGCCCGAGGAGGGCCCAAACAAGACCCAAGGAGAGCUCGAGGGGGGCGCGCGAAGAAGGCCCGAGGGGGGCCCAAGGAGGGCGCGCGAAGAAGGCCCGAGGAGGGCCCAAGGAGGGUGCAGAGAAGGCCCAAGGGGGGCCCAAAGAAGGCCCGAGGGGGGCGAAAAGAAGAGCCCAGAGGAGGGCCCGAAGAAGGCCCGAGGAGGGGCGCAAAGAUGGCCCGAGGAGGGCGCAAAGAAGGGCCCAGAGGGCAGCCCAAAGAAGGGCCCAGAGAAGGGCCCGAAGAAGACCCGAGGAGGGCACAAAGAAGGCCUGAGGAGGGCGCAAAGAAGGCCCGAGGAGGGUGCAAAGAAGGGUGCGGAGAAGACCCAAGAAGGGCCCGAAAAAGGCCCGAGGGGGGCGCAAAGAAGGCCCGAAGGGGGGCGCAAAGACGGCCCGAGGGGAACCGGAGGAGGGCUCAAAGAAGGCCCAAGGAGGGCUCAAAGAAGGCCCAAGGAGGGCUCAAAGAAGGGCCCAAAGAAGAACCCAGAGGAGGGUGCAAAGAAGGGCCCACAGAAGGACCCAGAGGAGGACCCAAAGAACGCCCGAGGAAGCCUAAGGGCUGAAAGAAGGCCCGAGGGGGGCGCAAAGACAGCCCGAGGGGGGCGCAAAGACGGGCGCAAAGAAGGGCCCAGAGGAGGGCACAAAGAAGGCCCGAGGAGGGCACGCAGAAGGCCCAAGGGGGGCCCGAGGAGGGUGCAAAGAAGGCCCGAGGGGGGCGCAAAGACGGCCCGAGGAGGGCCCGAAGAAGGGUGCGGAGAAGACCCAAGAAGGGCCCGAAAAAGGCCUGAGGGGGACGCAAAGAAGGGCCCAGAUGAAGGCGCAAAGAAGGCCCGAAGAGGACCCGAGGAGGGCGCAAAGAAGGCCCGAGGAGGGCGCAAAGAAGGGUGCGGAGAAGACCCAAAAAGGGCCCGAAAAAGGCCCGAGGGAGGCGCAAAGAAGGACGCAAAGAACACCCAAGGAGGGCACAAAGAAAGCCCAGAGGAGGGCCCGAGGGGGGCGCAGAGAAGGCCCGAGGGAAGCCCGAGGAGAGCGCAAAGAAGGCCCAAGGAGGGCGCAAAGAAGGACCCGAAGAAGGCCUUAGGAGGACACGCGAAGAAGGCCCAAGGGGGCCCGAGGAGGGCGCAAAGAAGGCCCGAGGAGGGCCCGAAAAAGGGCCCAAAGGAGGGAGCAAAAAAGGGCCAGAGGAGGGCCCGAAGAAGCCCCGAGGAGGGCCCCGAGGAAGGCCCGAGGAGGGCCCAAACAAGGCCCAAGGAGAGCUCGAGGGGGGCGCGCGAAGAAGGCCCGAGUGGGGCCCAAGGAGGGCGCGAAGAAGGCCCAAGGGGGGCCCAAAGAAGGCCCGAGGGGGACGCAAAGAAGAGCCCAGAGGAGGGCCCGAAGAAGGCCCGAGGAGGGGCGCAAAGAUGGCCCGAGGAGGGCGCAAAGAAGGGCCCAGAGGGCAGCCCAAAGAAGGGCCCAGAGAAGGGCCCGAAGAAGACCCGAGGAGGGCACAAAGAAGGCCUGAGGAGGGCGCAAAGAAGGCCCGAGGACGGUGCAAAGAAGGGUGCGGAGAAGACCCAAGAAGGGCCCGAAAAAGGCCCGAGGGGGGCGCAAAGAAGGCCUGAAGGGGGGCGCAAAGACGGCCCGAGGGGAACCCGAGGAGGGCUCAAAGAAGGCCCAAGGAGGGCUCAAAGAAGGCCCAAGGAGGGCUCAAAGAAGGCCCAAGGAGGGCUCAAAGAAGGGCCCAAAGAAGAACCCAGAGGAGGGUGCAAAGAAGGGCCCAAAGAAGGACCCAGAGGAGGAGGGCCCGAGGAGGGCGCAAAGAAGGUCCGAGGAGGGCGCAAAGAAGGGUGCGGAGAAGACCCAAAAAGGGCCCGAAGAAGGCCCGAGGGGGGCGCAAAGAAGGCCCGAGCAGGGCACAAAGAAGGGUGCGGAGAAGCCCCGAGGAGGGCCCCGAGGAAGGCCCGAGGAGGGCCCAAACAAGGCCCAAGGAGAGCUCGAGGGCUGCGCGCGAAGAAGGCCCGAGGGGGGCCCAAGGAGGGCGCGAAGAAGGCCCAAGGGGUGCCCAAAGAAGGCCCGAGGAGGGGCGCAAAGACGGCCCGAGGAGGGCCUGAGGAGGGCGCAAAGAAGGGCCCAGAGGGCAGCACAAAGAAGGGCCCAGAGAAGGGCCCGAAGAAGACCCGAGGAGGGCGCAAAGAAGGCCCGAGGACGGCGCAAAGAAGGGUGCGGAGAAGACCCAAGAAGGGCCCGAAAAAGGCCCGAGGGGGGCGCAAAGAAGGCCUGAAGGGGGGCGCAAAGACGGCCCGAGGGGAACCCGAGGAGGGCUCAAAGAAGGCCCAAGGAGGGCUCAAAGAAGGGCCCAAAGAAGGACCCAGAGGAGGACCCGAAGAACGCCCGAGGAAGCCUAAGGACCGAAAGAAGGCCCGAGGGGGGCGCAAAGACGGCCCGAGGGGGGCGCAAAGACGGGCGCAAAGAAGGGCCCAGAGGAGGGCACAAAGAAGGCCCGAGGACGGCACGCAGAAGGCCCAAGGGGGGCCCGAGGAGGGUGCAAAGAAGGCCCGAGGGGGGCGCAAAGACGGCCCGAGGAGGGCCCGAAGAAGGGUGCGGAGAAGACCCAAGAAGGGCCCGAAAAAGGCCUGA